UUGUGCUAUCAUUUCAUGAUUUUAGGGUGUUGUGACUUAGUGCAUGACUAGGGGAAAUCCUGGGCCUAUACCACCCUUUGAUCCUGAGAUUGAUAGAACUUUUCAUAGGUUAGCUAGGCAUUCUAGAAAUUUAUCUUUAGAGUCUGUUUUUGAGUCUGUUCCAUUGGAUACUAUGCAUCCCAUUGCUGAGUACUUUGUGCAUACUGCAUCUACUGCAUCUGUUGCAUCUGCACUUGAUUUUGAUUUUGAUUCUGUUGUUUUUCACACUGAGAACAAUAUGGCACAACCUCCACCUCGUGAGAGGACUUUUAGGGAGAUGGCUGCACCUGAUUUCGAUAUUGAAAGCUUGUGCAUCCAAUAUCCUGAUGAGGACGUUCCAUUUGUUCUCAAGACUGGACUGAUCCAUUUGUUGCCCAAGUUUCAUGGUCUUGUAGGUGAGAGUCCUCAUAAGCAUUUGAAGGAAUUCCACAUUGUCUGUUCCAGUAUGAAACCACAUGAUGUUCUUGAAGAGCACAUCUUCUUGAAAGCAUUCCCUCAUUCAUUGGAAAAUGUUGCUAAGGAUUGGUUGUAUGGUUUGGCGCCUAGAUCCGUCACUAGCUGGGAUGAUUUGAAGAGGCUGUUCUUGGAUAAAUUUUUCCCAGCAUCCCGGACCACAACUAUCAGAAAAGACAUAACUGGGAUUAGGCAGCUUGGUGGAGAGAACUUGUAUGAGUAUUGGGAGAGAUUCAAGACACUUUGUGCUAGCUGUCCCCACCAUCAGAUACCUGAACAACUCCUUAUCCAGUAUUUCUAUGAGGGUUUGAACAACAUGGAUCGGGGUAUGAUUGAUGCUGCCAGUGGUGGAGCUCUUGGAGACACCACACCUAUUGAGGCCAGGCAAUUGAUUGAGAAGAUGGCCUCCAACUCCCAGCAGUUUAGCACCAGGAAUGAUGCCAUUGUGGUGAGGGGCGUACAUGAUGUUGUUGCCCAGUCUUUAUCAGCUGUUGAAAGUAAGUUGGAAGGCAAGAUUGACUCUCUUGCGAAGUUGGUGACACAGUUGACUACCAACCACAGAUCUGUAGCUCCAUCUGCAUAUGUUGCACGACUAUGUGUUAUUUGUCCUUCUAGUGACCACUAUACAGAUGCAUGUCCUUCUUUGCAGCACCCUACUGCCUCUGAUGCGCCUCAGGCUUAUGCUACGAACAUCUACAACAAUAGGCAGCCACAACAGCAAAAUCAUGACUUGACCAGCAACAGCUACAACCCAGGGUGGAGGAAUCACCCCAAUCUUAGAUGGAACAAUGCGCCACAGCAUCAACAGUGGAUCUUCUCCCUUUUCCACCACCACCGCUGUCGCACCUUCUCCAUUGUUUGCCGACCUAUCCCUCUUCCAUUCCCUUCACGGGCACUUCCUAGCAAAAUGAUGGAAGAGGUGGAUAGGGAAAUUCUGGAGACCUUCAGAAAGGUAGAGGUGAACAUACCUCUACUCGAUGCCAUCAAGCAGAUACCGAAGUAUGCCAAAUUCUUGAAGGAGCUGUGCACACACAAGAGGAAGAUGAAGGGCAAUGAGAGGAUUAUCAUGGGAAGGAAUGUAUCUGCACUUAUUGGUAAGUCGGUCCCGCACAUUCCAGAAAAGUGCAAGGACCCAGGUAUAUUUUACAUUCCUUGUGUGAUUGGAAACAAUAAAUUUGAGAAUGCCAUGCUUGAUUUGGGUGCUUCUGUUAAUGUCAUGCCUUUGUCUAUAUAUGCAUCUUUGUCUCUUGGUCCUUUGCAAACCACGGGUGUGGUCAUUCAGUUGGCCAAUAGGAGUGUUACCCACCCAACAGGUUUCAUAGAGGAUGUCUUGGUUAGGGUUGGUGAAUUGAUUUUUCCUGCUGACUUUUAUGUUUUGGAAAUGGAGGAGGGAUUCUCUCAUGGAUCCUUUCCCAUUAUCUUAGGCAGGCCAUUCUUGAAAACUGCCCGAACUAAGAUUGAUGUGUAUGCUGGAACUUUGUCUAUGGAAUUUGCUGAUAUUGUUGUUCAUUUUAAUAUCCUUGAUGCAAUGAAAUUUCCAGCUGAGGACCAUUCUCUGUUUAGGAUCGAUGCAUUGGAUGACAUUAUUGAUGAAUUUGUUGUUGACGACUUUCAUUCUUUGCAUGAGAAGAAGCAUUCUUUUCUAUCUUCUUUGCAUUCAUGCAUUGAAUCUGGAUUCGAAUCAGGAUUUGAGAAUGAUGUUGAUAAUGUUGUGGAUUUUGAUGAGGAUUGUGAUGUGAUGAGUGUUAUGCCUUUACCUGUACACUCUUUAGAGUCAGAACGCAUUAACCACGUUGUAGGAAGUACACUUGAAUCUGACUUGCAAGCACCCACUCUUGAGCUGAAACAGCUUCCAGAUAACCUCAAGUACGUGUACUUGGAGGAUGAUGAGAAGAAACCGGUGAUCAUUUCUACCUCCCUUGAUUCUGUUCAAGAGGAGAAGUUGCUUGGUGUGCUGAGGAAGCACAAGAAGGCCAUUGGUUGGAGUUUGGCUGACAUACCUGGUAUUAACCCAUCCACAUGCAUGCAUAGAAUUCUUUUGGAAGAUGGGGCAAAGCCAGUGAGACAACCACAAAGAAGGCAAAACUCUGUGAUCAUGGACGUCAUCAAGAAGGAGGUGACCAAGCUUUUGCAAGUUGGGAUCAUCUACCCUAUUUCAGACAGUCAGUGGGUGAGCCCCAUCCAUGUUGUGCCCAAGAAAACUGGCCUCACUGUGGUGAAGAAUGAGAGGGAUGAGCUUAUCCCAGCUAGAGUGCAGAACAGCUGGAGAGUCUGCAUUGACUAUAGGAGGCUCAACCAAGCAACCAGGAAAGAUCAUUUCCCCCUUCCAUUCAUUGAUCAGAUGCUGGAGCGCCUGGCAGGUAAAUCUCAUUAUUGUUUUCUUGAUGGUUUUUCUGGUUACUUUCAAAUAAAUAUUGCGCCUGAGGAUCAAGAGAAAACCACAUUCACCUUCCCCUUUGGCACUUUUGCCUAUAGGAGGAUGCCCUUUGGUCUAUGCAACGCCCCUGGUACCUUCCAACGGUGCAUGCUUAGCAUUUUUAGCGACUUUCUUGAGAGUUGCAUAGAGGUGUUUAUGGAUGAUUUUACUGUGUAUGGAUCCUCUUUUGAUGCAUGUUUAGACAGUCUGGAAAAAGUUUUGAAAAGAUGCAUAGAAACAAACCUUGUUCUCAAUUUUGAGAAAUGUCACUUCAUGGUUGAACAAGGUUUGGUUCUAGGGCAUAUCAUUUCUGAUAAGGGGAUAGAGGUAGACCCUGCUAAGAUAUCUGUGAUUUCACAGUUGCCUUACCCCUCUUGCGUGCGAGAUGUGCGAUCUUUCCUUGGACAUGCAGGUUUCUACAGGCGCUUCAUCAAAGAUUUCAGCAAGAAGGCACUCCCUUUGUCCAGACUACUGCAGAAGGAUAUUGACUUUGCUUUUGAUGACAGAUGCAAGCAGGCGUUUGAUUGCCUGAAGGAAGCUUUGACCACCACCCCUAUCAUUCAGAAAAUUGACAAGCUGCGGCGAGUGAUCUACUAUGCUUCACGCACUUUGAAUGCUGCCCAAGCAAAUUAUACCACCACUGAAAAAGAGUUAUUGGCAAUUGUUUUUGCCCUUGAUAAGUUUAGGUCAUAUUUGCUUGGAUCACCUGUUAUUGUGUAUACUGACCAUGCAGCUCUAAAGUUUUUGUUGAAAAAGGCUGAGUCAAAGCCUAGAUUGAUCAGGUGGAUGCUACUGCUCCAGGAGUUUGACUUGCAGAUUAAAGACCGGAGUGGAGCACAAAAUUUGGUUGCAGACCACCUCAGCCGGUUUGAGAGAGCUGGGAAUGAAGCUGAUGUGUUGCCCAUCCAGGAUGACUUUCCUGAUGAGAGUUUGUUGAUGAUUUCUUAUUCUCACCCCACUCCUGGGUUUGCACACAUUGUAAAUUAUUUGGUUGCUUCUGUUUUUCCUCCCUUAGCAUCACGUGCUCAGAUUGCUAAAAUUAAGAGUGAUGCUAAGUAUUAUGUUUGGGAUGACUGA